CGAGCUCCGACCCCGGGCAGGUCCUCCUGGCCCGGCCUGAACAUGCUGGACGGCCUGAAGAUGGAGGAGAACUUCCAAAGCGCGAUUGAGACCUCUGCCUCCUUCUCCUCGCUGCUCGGCAGAGCGGUGAGUCCAAAGUCUGUCUGCGAGGGCUGUCAGCGGGUCAUCUCGGACAGGUUUCUGCUGCGGCUCAACGACAGCUUCUGGCACGAGCAGUGCGUGCAGUGCGCCUCCUGCAAAGAGCCCCUGGAGACCACCUGCUUCUACCGGGACAAGAAAUUGUACUGCAAGUACGACUAUGAGAAGCUAUUUGCUGUCAAAUGUGGGGGCUGCUUUGAGGCCAUCGCACCCAAUGAGUUUGUUAUGCGGGCCCAGAAGAGCGUGUACCACCUGAGCUGCUUCUGCUGUUGUGUCUGUGAGCGGCAGCUUCAGAAGGGUGAUGAGUUUGUCCUGAAGGAGGGGCAGCUGCUCUGCAAAGGGGACUAUGAGAAGGAGCGGGAGCUGCUCAGCCUGGUGAGCCCAGCAGCCUCAGACUCAGGCAAAAGUGAUGAUGAAGAAAGUCUUUGCAAGUCAGCCCAGGGAGCAGGGAAAGGAGCCACUGAGGAUGGCAAGGACCAUAAACGUCCCAAACGUCCCAGAACCAUUUUGACGACGCAGCAGAGGAGAGCAUUCAAGGCCUCAUUUGAAGUGUCCUCCAAGCCCUGCAGGAAGGUGAGGGAGACUCUGGCUGCAGAGACGGGGCUGAGUGUCCGUGUUGUCCAGGUGUGGUUCCAGAACCAGAGAGCUAAGAUGAAGAAGCUGGCCAGGCGGCAGCAGCAACAGCAGCAAGACCAGCAGAACACACAGAGGCUCAGUUCCGCUCAGACAAAUGGUGGUGGAAGCUCUGGCAUGGAAGGGAUCAUGAACCCCUACACAGCUCUACCAACCCCACAGCAGCUCCUGGCCAUCGAACAGAGUGUCUACAGCUCUGAUCCCUUCCGGCAGGGUCUCACCCCACCCCAGAUGCCUGGAGACCACAUGCAUCCCUAUGGUGCUGAGCCCCUUUUCCAUGACCUGGAUAGCGACGACACUUCCCUCAGUAACCUGGGUGACUGUUUCCUAGCAACCUCAGAAGCCGGGCCCCUGCAGUCCAGAGUGGGAAACCCCAUUGACCACCUGUACUCCAUGCAGAAUUCCUACUUCACCUCUUGAGUCUACCCUACACCUCUAUGGCUAGGCUCCCGUAUGGAACAACCAUAUUAUGUGAGGGAUCACUGGCUUUAGGAUGGGGAGGCCAAGGAAGAGGUGGGCUGGGGAGGGAGUUGUGUUGGGAAUGCUGUUGUAUAAUGAUUUGGUGUAGCUUGGCAUUUCCAAAGACUGAAUACAUUAUGGAUUGCAUAGUUUAAUGUUUCUAAUAAGAGUCUUAGCAUUAGAUAUGAAGAUGUGUUUAUCAUUAAGGACAGGGACUUUUAAUUAUAGACAUUUUCAUGCAAACUAGAUACCUAGGGACUCCCAACAACUUCCCACCAUUUUGGGGAAGCUCCUGUCAAGAGGUGCAUAUGUCUUGCCAUCUACACACCCAUAGAAAGACAGAUAGGUAGGUGUGUGUGUGUGUGUGCGCGUGCGCGUGAGUGUGUAACUUUUCCUACUUUAUCAUCAAAGUUUAUUCCUAAUUAUGACAGACACCAACU